AUGAAGGUUCCCAUGUUCAUUAUCAUCUUAUUGGCUACACUCUUGGCACCUCCUGUUAUUGCGGAUUUGGAAGUUACCUCGCCAGAGGAAGGAGACAAAAUAUCUGGUUCAUCUGGUAAGGCUCGUAUCAAGGUGAAUUGGAAAGAUACAGAUUCAGACUCGGAUUUUUCGGUGGAGAAUAUCAAGUUAUACACUCUUUCAUUGUGUACAAAUGGCUCACCUAUUCAAUGUUUGGAUCCCACAAUCAAAGGAGAAAAAUACACCUCAAAUACAGCUACUGUCUCAGUUGAACAGAACGAUGUACCAAGUGGUUACUAUUUCAUACAAAUUUACACUGAGUUCAAGGAUGGUAGUACUGGUAUUGUUUAUACACCGAGGUUUAGGCUCACUGAUAUGGAGGGGCCCACGGGGACGCUUGUUGUUACUGUGACUGGAGACUCGCCAGAGGGUCAAACAUCUGCAUCUGAAUCAACUGGUGCUGAUAUUUCAAAGAGUUUUACAGUACCAUACACACUACAAACAGGAAGUACGAGAUACGCACCAAUGCAAAUGCAACCAGGAUCUACUGUUACCGCCACCACGUGGACAAGAAAGUUUCCAACAAGUGCAGUCACAUAUUACUCAACUAGACACACGAAACCCGUAGUGCACUCAACUAUAACUCCUGGUUGGAGUUAUACAGCUAGUUCGGAAGUCAAUUGGGCAACUGUUGCUCCUUAUCCAACAAAUUGGUAUGCUGCAAGUGGAAGAAAGCUCAGUAAAGCUAGCAUCACAGCCACAAAGAAAAGAAAAAGAUGGAUAGAGUAA